GAAGUUCCGCGAGAUUUCGGAGGCGAAACUGAAGUCGGAGUCAGUAACCCAAGGAAGCGAUUGACGUAAGACACGUGAGAGAAUGUUUAGGGUUUUCUCCCAUGUAUAUCUCUCGGAACCCUAUUGUUCCCCGAAACGUUAGGGAUCUUUUCUGUGAAUUUCUUGCUUUUCCGCCUUAGCUGAGGAUACUUCCUGGAUUCCACUCAGUCGGGCUUAUGUCAGUCAUUCUCCUAAAAUGAGGCAGAGGUUUUUCCUCCUCUAAAUCUGGAGUAUUUUAAAUCUUGGCAAAAGCAUUCUGCUUUUUGACUUCAUAAAUCAAUCUGACUUCAUGAACCUCAUCUUAUGGGUCAAGAAAUGUCAAGAAAAAAAAUUCAGAGUUCUCCUCACUAAGUAAGAGAGAUAGCCUUUGAAGUCGCCCUGGGAUCAGUUGUCACCUUUGAAAAGCAGUGACUCCUCACAUAUGCCUGCAUUCAGCUAAGGUGGCCUGUGCCCAUAAACGAUGGCUACACUUGGUCUGUCUCCCACACUUGUUAUACCCUCUCAGAGCUCUGCAGGUAGCCAAGAAUCAGAACUUCCUCUUCCUUCAAAAUACCAUUCUUGUCAGCAGAAUUCGGGUUUGUUUGCUUGCUGUGCUCCAGAGCCGAAUACACCGACUCGUGUUUCUUUUCAGGAGUCUGUGACAUUCCAAGAUAUUGCUGUGGACUUUACUGAGAAAGAGUGGCCCCUGUUGGAUUCUUUCCAGAGAAAACUAUACAAAGAUGUAAUGCUGGAGAAUUAUAGCAACCUGACGUCCCUGGGGUAUCAAGUUGGCAAACCCAGCCUCAUCUCACAUCUGGAACAAGAAGAGGAGCUGAGGAUGGAGGAGAGAAACAUUCAAUGGGGUACUUCUCUGGAUUCGGGAACUCCAUCUCAAAUAAAGUGGUCCAUUGUUAUGGAAGAUAUUUUUGGUGAGAAAACAUCUAAUGGAGUGAUAUUGGAAAAAUCUCAUCUUUUGGAGAAAUCAUCUGAUUUCGCCCAUUUACUUGAUAUCUUCAGUAUUGGCCCUCACUUAAGUCAGCCAGUUGGAAGGCCCAUAAGCAAGAGGCCCUGUCACCACCACAGCUGUGGAGUUACUUUCAAGAAGAGGACUCACCUGCCGCAGCACAUGAGCAUGUAUGGAGGGAGAAAAGUGCAUGAGUGUCACCAGUGCCAGAAAGCCUUCACCACCAGCGCAUCUCUUACAAGGCAUCGUAGGAUUCACACUGGGGAGAAGCCUUAUGAAUGCAGCAUCUGUGGCAAAGCCUUCAAUGACCCCUCAGCUCUAAGGAGCCAUGCAAGAACUCACCUGAAAGAGAAGCCCUUUGACUGUAGUCAGUGUGGUAAUGCCUUCCGGACUCUCUCUGCUCUGAAGAUACACAUGAGAGUUCACACUGGUGAAAGACCCUACAAAUGUGAUAAGUGCAGCAAAGCCUAUGGCAGGAGCUGCCACCUCAUAGCCCACAAGCGGACACACACUGGGGAGAGGCCCUAUGAGUGUCAGGACUGCGGAAAAGCCUUUCAGCACCCCUCCCACCUGAAGGAGCAUGUCCGGAACCAUACUGGGGAAAAGCCUUAUGAGUGUACACAGUGCGACAAAGCCUUCCGGUGGAAGUCCAACUUCAAUUUGCAUAAGAAGAACCACAUGGUCAAGAAAAGCUAUGAGUGCAAAGAAUGUGGGAAGUCCUUCAGUGACCUCCUAUCAAGGAGGAAACACAUGAGGAUUCAUAUUGUAAAGAAACCAGUUGAGUGUUGCCAGUGUGGGAAAACCUUCCGAAACCAGUCUAUCCUGAAGACACACAUGAACUCUCACACUGGGGAGAAACCUUAUGGCUGUGAUCUCUGUGGAAAAGCCUUCAGUGCAAGUUCCAACCUCACUGCACACAGAAAGAUACACACUCAAGAGAGACACUAUGAAUGCCCUUCCUGUGGAAAGGUCUUUGGUGAUUACCUGUCACGGAGGAGGCAUAUGAGCAUUCAUCUUGUCAAGAAGCGUGUGGAAUGUCGUCAGUGUGGAAAAGCUUUCAGAAACCAAUCCACCCUGAAGACUCACAUGAGAAGCCACACAGGCGAGAAGCCUUAUGAAUGUGACCACUGUGGGAAAGCCUUCAGCAUAGGUUCCAACCUUAAUGUACACCGAAGGAUUCAUACUGGGGAAAAGCCCUAUGAAUGCCUUGUUUGUGGAAAAACCUUCAGUGACCAUUCAUCCCUUAGGAGUCAUAUGAAAACCCACCGGGGAGAGAAGCUCUUUGCCCCAUCCAUGUGGAAAAGGCUUCAGUGAGUACUCAGGUGUAAAGGAAACCUGACAGGUUUAAGAAGUCACAAAUCUUUCAUGAACUCUCCACAUAAAUCGCAAAAGGUGACAUGGAUUGGGAUAAAUCCAGUUUGUGUAAAAAUUGAGAAGACUUGACUUGGUAUUCAACACUUGUGAUCUCUGUGAGAAAACAGGGAAUGGGAAAUUUUUUGUAUAGAGUAUCAAGAAAUUUUCAGCAUAGUUCAUAAUCUGAAACUUAUGAGAAUUUAGGAGAAACUUGAGCGUUUAGUGAUAAAAUCAGCAAAAGUUAAGGGCACUCCAGAGUGAAUCUUUAUCAAUCCAGUAACUAGGGAAAUCUUUCCUCAUCUCACAUUUGUUCUCUAGGUAAGAAAUCAGAGUAAAGAGAACAAUCUCAGGAGUAAGAAACAGGAAAAAGUCAAUAAAAAGAGGUGAGCAAACUAGCCAGCCUGUUUAUUGUUGUUGGCUCACAAGCAAAAUGCUUGUUCUUUUAAAAGGGAAAAGGCAUCUGGAAAAUAUCCUACAUGGCACUGACAUACACGCUUUUGUAAAAAUCUUUUUCAGGCAGUAUUGAUUCUCAACCUGGGGCAGUUUUACUCUUCAGAGCAUUUGUCAAUGUCUGGAUAGAUUUUUGGUUUGAUAAUAUGGAGAGAGGUACGGCAGGCAUAUAGAAAGAUGACAUCAGGAUACGAUGAUAUCAUUGUGCCAGAUAGCCUACAAAUACACGAAAGUCAUCCAUGUCAAAGAAUUAUGUGUAAUACUAUGCUAUAAUCGUGCUGAAUUUGAGGUUAUCCUCAAUUAUUAUGACCUCUAUAAACACUCAGAUUUGAAGAAAUUUUUGCAGCUUCUUAACAGAAAAGAGAAAUACAAUUCAGUUCUUUCUGAAAAUGUGUGAGAACAUACACUUCUAACUCUCUGUGAAAAUGUUUUUAGCCACAGUCUUCUGUGUCUGAAUGUAGAACUGUAUUUACAAGACUUUCAUAAUGACAAGAUAAUGAUCUUUUUAUUUUUAGAGUUAUGAUCCUCUGAGUAACUCUUAGGCCCCAUCACAAAUGAUAUGUAGAUACUCUUUUCUUUGGGAAACUUAACCUGAUCAGUGGCAUAUUUAGAACUCUGUUAUGCUGUGUAUUGGGUAAUAUGGGCAUUUUUGGUACCUGUGUCAAAUGCAUUGUGAUUAAAGUGUAGAGCUUCCUAAUGAAGGUCCUUUGGUUGCUUGUGACUUCUGUCAGGAAGAGUAACAGACUUCUAGCUACUCCCCCAGUAUGCAUUUUAAACUCCUAUAGCAGAAGAAUCACAGUUUUAUUUGAUGAGUAAAUGGUGCUACUUUAAGAAAUCUUUUGCAGUUUUUCUUGCAACUAGUACUUUCUACAUUCAGUUUUGUUUUGUUUUGUUUGUUUUUUUGUUUUUGUUUUGUUUUCAAGACAGGGUUUCUCUGUAACUUUGGAGACUGUCCUGGAACUCACUCUUGUAGACUAGGCUGGUUUCAAACUCAGAGAGAUCUGUCUGCCUCCAAAGUGCUGGGAUUAAAGGCAUGCGCCACCACCACCCGGCAGUAUUCCCCGCAUUCUAUGACCCUGAACAUUGAUAAACAGAGGUCUUUGACUUUUUUGAGAAAAAAAUCUUAGAGAAAAAAAACGGACUUUUUUUUUUAAAAUUCAUGUGUGACCCUCAAGAUGAAAACUACAGUCUAAAGAGGACACUCUAGAAGACUCACAGUAAUCCCAGUCUGUACUGUGACUUCUGAAAUACAUUACAGUGGUGCUCAGUUUAUUGCUCCUAGACUUUCUAUUGCCUGAGAAAGCAAUAAAAUUCAUUACAAGUUUACAACGGGAUGGAUAUUUGUUUCCCUGUUGGCUUUACUGGUUGGAAGUGAGUUUUCUACCCUCUUGGUUGCUGACCAGAAACCAUACCAUGUUAUGUGAAAAGUUAAUCACUGCUACUUUCAUGUAAGGUUUUAGUGAGUACUCUUCGAAAUUUUAGAUACAAACUUUUAAGUACUUUAAGUCAAGUAUUCAUGUGGCAUUACUGAUGUGUUAUGCUUUUGAUAGCUGUGUAUAGAUUCACUUCAGGGUACUAUAGUAGUGCAUCCCUAUAAACCUAUUAUACAGUCAAAAAUUAAGUCAUUCCAUCAUUAGAUCCAGAUCCCUGCAACAGUGGAGUGAAGUCCUGUUAUUUCUGUUUUAAAUUUGUAAACUUGAAAAUCUUAAAUGGACCUCGCAGAUAACGGUUUUCAUAAAACCCCAAAGAAGAAAAUAUCAGCAUUUCCAUGUCACAUCUUUGGCAUCUGAGACAAGAAGUUUGGGUUCCUAAAACCCACUUGUUAGCAAAUAUUUCUUAGGAUUUAAACCCUAAUGCCUGCCUCUUUUAUGAUAGUAUUAUUCUUUAAUACCUAAGACUGAAAGAUAGUUAUUCAAAAUUCUUACUGUGGUGAAGCUUUCCUUGUAGGUGGUGCUAGGACACCUGAUGCAUUUAUUGCUCUAUAUCAGGUAAUAUCAGCUAAAAAGAAAAUGUUACAUAUGGUGCUGAGAGGCAAUAUGGAGCUUAUGUAGCACUUGGGAUUAGAAAAAAAUAAAAAUGCUUGAGCAGAGGUGUGGUAACUGUGUGCCUUAUAAUCUAAAGAACAGAAUCCUUGGCAGUUCAAAACCAUGAGUACUAUUCUUGGCCUAGUUACUCAAUAGCCAAGGCCUAGUAUGAACAGAAAAAGCUUGUGGGAAAAACAAAAACAAAAACAAACAAACAAAAAAAAAACAAAACCUGUGGUUAAAGAUGGUGUUAAAGUGUACCAGGAACCAGGCCUAAAAGACUGCCUGAAAUUACAGAGGAUUGUAAGCAGUUACGUGAGUUCUAGGUACCAAAGGCAGACCAUUUGCAAGAGCAACCCAUUUUAACAGCUGAGCCAUCUCACCAGUUCUGCCAAGUCAUAUCUGUAGUGAUGGUUAAAAAUACACUAUGUAUAUUUUAAAACAAGUUUUAUAAAUACACACAGGAAAUCACUCAGUUCCAGAGUCUGAAACUGAGUUAAUCAUUACAUGAACAACCUGUGUAGUCACCAGAACAAGAAUCUUUUUUUGCUACCUCCAAUUAGAAGUGCUCAGAUUUCCUUAGUUUUCUUUAAUGUUUAUAUCAUACAUGAUGUUUUAUUUCCCAUUACUUACGUUUACUUUGUAUGAGAAUUAAACCUAUAUCUUAAUUA